UUAUGUUCUAAAGAAUUACUUCACUGCAAGCAGCCAAAUAGCUUCCCGUUAAUUCCUCGCCCUACCUUGGCCCUUUCAAAACUUUUAACUUAACAUCGCUCAUUCAUCAUCAGCUCCAAGUUCAAGACUAAAUGGAGUCCCCGCCGUUCCAGCUUCACAUUGCAUUCUUCCCAUUCAUGGCCCAAGGCCAUAUCAUUCCAACUGUUGACAUGGCUAGAACUUUUGCUAGGCAUGGGGUGAAGGCAACCAUUAUUACCACUCCUCUUAAUGCGCCUCUCUUCUCAAGAACAAUUGAACGAGAUAUAGAAAUGGGUUCCAAAAUCUGUAUUCUUAUAAUGAAAUUCCCUUCUGCAGAAGCUGGGCUGCCAGUAGGUUGUGAGAAUGCGAGUUCCAUCGAAACGUUAGAAAUGGUUCCAAAGUUCUUCAAGGCAGUUAGCCUGCUUCAACAACCACUCGAGUAUCUCCUCGAAGAAUGCCGUCCCAGUUGUCUUGUGGCAGACAUGAUGUUUCCCUGGGCUACAAAAGUGGCAAGCAAAUUUGGGAUCCCAAGGCUGGUUUUCCAUGGAACAAGUUAUUUUGCUCUCUGUGUAUCUGAUUGCUUGAAACGCUUCGAACCUUACAAAAGCAUAGAAACUGAUUUGGAGCCUUUCACGGUGCCUGGCCUUCCAGACAAGAUAAAGUUGACUAGACUACAACUGCCUUCACAUGUUAAGGAAAAUAGCGAACUUUCAAAGCUAAUGGAUGAAAUUUCACGAGCAGAUUUGGAAAGCUAUGGAGUUAUCAUGAACAGUUUCCAUGAGCUGGAACCAGCUUAUUCAGAACACUACAAGAAGGUGAUCGGAAGGAAGGCAUGGCACAUCGGCCCAGUUUCACUUUGCAAUAGGGACACCAGAGAUAAAAUGCAAAGAGGAGGCGUGGCAUCUAUCGAUGAAAAUGAAUGUUUGAGAUGGCUAGCCAUGAAGAAAUCCCGUUCAGUUCUAUACAUUUGUUUUGGAAGCAUGUCCAAGUCUGACUUUUCAGCUACUCAGUUAUUUGAGAUUGCAAAGGCUCUUGCAGCUUCUGGACAGAACUUCAUUUGGGCAGUGAAAAAUGGAGAAAAAACAAAGGGUGAAGACCGAGAAGAAUGGUUGCCAGAAGGAUUCGAGAAGAAAAUUCAAGGAAAGGGUUUGAUAAUAAGAGGAUGGGCACCCCAGAUGCUGAUCCUUGACCAUGAAGCCGUUGGAGGGUUUAUGACUCAUUGUGGAUGGAACUCAGCACUGGAGGGAAUUACUGCAGGGGUGCCAAUGGUCACAUGGCCACUUUGUGCUGAACAGUUUUAUAAUGAAAAAUUGAUUACAGAUGUUCUCAAAAUAGGUGUAGCGGUUGGAGCUCAGGAAUGGUCGAGGCAUGAAAGGAAAAUUUUAGUGAAGAAGGAAGAAAUAGAGAACGCGAUUACUCAGUUAAUGGUUGGUGAAGUAGCUGAGGGACUCAGAAACCGAACUAAGGCACUCAAAGAGAUGGCAAGGAGGGCGACUGAAGUAGAGGGAUCAUCAUACUGCGAUUUGAAUGCAUUAAUAGAAGACCUUAGAGCCAUAAAGUCUACCAGCUACUAGAACAGGAUGAACAUGAAUUGUCAGGAAAAAAAGAUCUGUUGAAUAAACGUGCUUUUCGUAUAUAUGUAUGUGAAUUGAGUUAUUUUAACAUUCUUUGUAAUCUUCAAA